UUCAAAACAAGGAUGUUGGUGCUGCUGCUGCUGCCGCCACCGUGGCUCGGCUGACACAAACACGUACAUCCUCCAAUCUGAGCCGCUUUGAGCCACACCGUUUCAUCUCGUACUAUCAGGGUUGAUGAGAGCCUCUUGUCUUUCUCGGUCGGCUGCAGCUGCUGUGUGAAACAAAAUUAUCUGGAUUCUGCUGUUGGUUGGCAACCAGAUUUUCUUUACACCUGAACGUCACUGCCUGUGUGAGUCCUUUCGGCUGCUCCCUCAUUUAGUGGGUCACCACAGGAAGUCAUUCCAUCUUCCACACAGACUUGGCAGAGUUAUUACACCGGAUUCCCUGCCUUGCACCACUGGGAUUUGAACCCAGGUCCCCCAUAUCAAAGACACAGUCUUAGCCCCUUUCACUACAACAGAGCAACUCUGAGUCUGUAAUGGUUUUGUCACGAUGAUAUCCACAUGGAUGUUGGUGAUUGUCAUGCUGGUAGGCUCUUCAAAUGGAGCAAGUAGUGGGAAUGACACCCAGCCAUGUGCAAGGAUCAACACGUCUAGUUUGGUGGUGCCUCUGGGAUCACGCGUCACCGCCACCUGUGUCAUCAGGGAAGACUGCCCUCUUGGACAAGAUGUUCACAUUGAGUGGCGUCUUGUGGACGAGCUGAUUCUCAGCAGCCCUGCAGCCAAUGGAAGCAAUAGGGUUUCCACGAUUGUUGUACCAAGCUUUAAUCGCACCAGUGCGGAGCUCACCUGUCGCAUCAAGCCUUCUUCUCAAGUUCUCGCUGGAGUGGUGAUCCAAGCUGGAUAUCCACCAGAAAUACCACAAAAUCUAAGCUGUCAAACAAAUCUCACCGACUCCACCUUGAACUGCAGAUGGGACCCAGGACAGCGGGUCACCCACCUCCCCACAAAGUACACCCUGUACACUGAAAUAAGGGACUUAAAUACGAACAAUACUUAUGAGCUGCCACCAGAUAUCCAUCAUCAUUCCAUUCCUCGUACUGACUUUGGGCUGUUCACUGACAUGACGAUCUACGUAAAGGCAGAGAACGACCUCGGAGAGGCAAGUUCAGCACACAUCGUUUUGGAACCAGUUUGUGCAGCUAAAUUUGACCAACCCAGUAUUGUACAGAUUGAUGUGGAUCCUAAAAAGUUAGGAUGCCUAAAGCUGACAUGGACAUUGUCACCACACCAGGAAUGGCUGAGUAACUACCCUGUAAACCUGGAAGUCCGAUAUAAAACCGCUGGCAGUGACCAAUGGAGCGACCCACCAAUCCCUGUGAUCAACGUUAAAUCAUCCAAAGUGGUGGUGAAACCUUGUCAUCUCCUUCAUGGGACUCAAUAUUUGGCCCAAAUUAGAGUCCGAUGCAAGCAGAGCCCCUGGAGCGAGUGGAGCGGCAGCAAGUCCGGAGUCACCUUGGAGACUGCUCCAACUGGACGUUUAGACUCGUGGGUGAAGGUAUCAAGGAAUCACACAAGCAAAAAGGCCAACAUACAAUUGUUCUGGAAGCCAUCAAAACAAUUCCGUGGAAAUGGCCAAAAUCUGACGUAUGUUGUCUCACAACAAAAACUAGACGGUGAAAGGGGAAGAAUAUGCUCCACAAGUGAGAAAUGCUGUGCUUUCCAACUUUCUUGGCGCACAAGGAAAGUGUAUCUACGGGCUGUGAAUAGAGCAGGGAAAUCUCCCCCCACUGAAAUUCGGAUUUACAAGACUAAAGAUUACACGCCGAACAUGGACGUCACCGCUGUUCCACUCGAUGACCGAUCAUUUCUGGUCCAGUGGACAGCUGUGGUUACUUCGAGUCUCACUGGUUAUGUGGUGGAAUGGAAACCUUUACUGAAAACAGGCCUCUGCCACACUCAUUUUGAAAUUGUGAAUAAAAGCCAGUCUAGUCUCCUAAUAACCGGCAGCUUUGAGCCCUACAAGCCCUACGGGAUCUCUGUGUAUCCGAGGUUUAGGGAUGGGAUUGGGCCUCCUCAGACUGUUAAUGCCUACUUGAGACAAAAGGCUCCAUCAGCUGUUCCUAAACUUGAAAUUAAAAAGACCUGGGGGUCAUACAUUGAGAUCUUCUGGGAUGAACUCCCCUUAGAGCAAAGGAAUGGAUUUAUCAAGGGCUACAAAGUCUUCUACCGGGAGGAGAAUGGUCCUAUUAAAGUUGUGAGUGCAGAUGCAGAAAACAGGAGGGUGAUCCUGAAGGACCUUAACUCCGCGUCUCUUAUUGAAUCUUUCAUGAUGGUUAGCACAUUUGGUGGGAGCCUGAAUGGGUCAACAAUUCAUUUUGAAAUCAAACCCAUUGAUUCUGUUACUGUUGUGAUCCUGGUAACUGCAGGUGGAGUUGGACUGGCGUUUUUGAUCAUUUUCAUUGUGCUGACCUGCCUCUCCAAAACCACCACGUUGAAGCGUCGCUUUUAUCCAGUUGUUCCGGAUCCAGCUAACAGCAGCAUUAAAAAAUGGUCAUCAGAAUCAACUCAGUUUAUUCAUCCAUCCUGGGACAACAACGAGCCCAAUCCAAUAUACUUGUCCCAUCUCAGCUUCCUGGACCUGACUACCAAACUCAGCAAAGAAGAAGAUGAUAUUUGGUCAAACAGCUUGGAAGAAACCAGUGAUCUUGGAGAUUCGAUUUCCGGCUCACUGUUCACUCCUACUUACUCUGGUUCAAACAGCGAGGUGGUUCCUUAUGCUACUGUGCUGUGUUCCUCUUCAAGCAAUGGCCCAACACCAGAUGAGCAUCCUGUCUAUCUGCGCUCCGAGUCUACACAGCCCCUCUUGGAAACUGAAGAAUCUUUCAGUCCAAAAUGCUAUCAAAAUGUUGCAACCGAUGGGAUGCCCAGGCAUGAUUGUUUUUUUGGGCCCAGCGAUGACAAUGUCCCUGGGGGGAAAAAAGUUCCAGCUUUGAUUUGGGAUGACUUUCCAUUCCUACAUGCCUUAGCCAUAAAUGAGAUGGAAAAUGACUAAAGUUAAUUUACCGAUCAUGAAAGUAUGCUUGCAAAAUUUUGAUUUUUUUUUUUUUUUUUUUUUUUUUUUAUUUGUAAAUUAGCCUAACCAGCAUUACAACUCUGUACCAGAAAUUUUGAUUUAAAGCAUUAUUGUUUCAUUGCUGUCAUGGUAUCAUGUGUAGAUAUAAUUUAGAAAAUAAAGGUUAUAUUUUCAGCAUUUUUAUGAUACUGGUGAAUGUUAAAUGUACAACUGAUUCAAUUAGGUUGCAUUUCUAAACAGUAAGAAGUCCAAAGGUCAAAUAUUUCAAGUUUUGUCAUUUAUAAAGAUUUAUUUUUCCCUCCCUCACUGUCCUCCUCAGUGUUUGUGGUAGCAUUAAAAUCCAUUGGUCCUCAGUCAGCCUUUGUCUUGAGUUUAUCAAAACUCAACUUGCAUAUAGGCACGUGUUGGCAUGUAUAGCUGUUUUCUUGUACCAUUUUCCAACAUGUGAGGAUAAGCAUCUAUCAGUCUAGUUUUAAAUGAAUGCUCUCAUGUGUUGCCUUUUUUUUAACAGUGGCUAAGAGAAAUAGGCUUUCAUGUCAUGUCAUGUUUUAACUACAGGUACAUACAUAAAUGAUGAAUUGCUGAUUAAAAAGUUUUUAGUCAAAUUAAAUAUAUAUGUUUUUAAUUCUUCAGUCUGUUUUACAGGAUGUGUCAGACUCAAAACGUUGGCCUUUGUGAUCUUGAGGGGGGAAAAAAGUCAAUAAGAGAAAUUAUGCAAGUGCAACAUAAAAAAUUACAUGAAGGCUUUUUACACCUCCUUAUCAGGGGAGCCAGUUGAGCAGAUUGCUCAUUGUGUUGUGAUUUUAGGUUAAAGUAUAUGUAUAUGUUAAUAUUUUCUAAAAACAAUCCCCUUGACUUCAGGGUACAUUACAGAUUGUGGGUGAACACAAAUGACUCAUCCAAAGACUGUCUAAAUUUAGUCGCAGUCCAAAGAAAGUAGCCCCGUGAAUUUUUCUUUUUUUUUUCCUGGGCCUGAUGUUCUGAAAGCCUAAAGUGAACAUAAGUGUCCUACAAUGACCUGUCCUUCUCUGUCACUGAUUGGCAACUACUUACCGCUGUCACUGGGUGCAAUAGUUCUCUAUAAAAAAGGGAGAGGAUCAGUUAAGGCUUUAGCUUGCGCCGUAAGGCACGCUUUGCUUCAAACAUGAAUAAAAUAAAGCAUGUUAAAAUCAAAGAUCAAAAACAUAAAAACAGUAACACUUUACUGCUAUGUGAAGGAAAUGUUUUUAUUACUCACCUUUAUAUCUUUGUGGAAGAAGUGAUUGACAUAUUUUUAUCAUAAUCACAUAAUUUAGCACUCAAUCCUGUAUAUGUGAUGUACUCAGCUUUAUGAUGUUUCAUGGGAGAGGCAGGAUGUUAUGUUCCACAAGAGGACUGUCACAGUGCUGCACUCUGGCAAAUGUGUAAAUAAAAAUAGUUUAAGAUUUCCAUUGAUUGCUUCUGUUAUCUGUGUAUUUUAUUUUUGUGUGAAACUACUCUGUUUUCUAUCUGGUUGUUUAGUACACAAAAUGUACUUUAACCCAAUUUGUUGUAGAGAGAAAAUUAAAUCCAUUGCAAAUGUAA